GUGAAUGACAGGAACAGAAAGAGACUGGGUAUGUGAAUGACAGGAACAGAAAGAGACUGGGGAUGUGAAUUACAGGAACAGUAAGAGACAGAGGAUGUGAUUAAUGGAAGCAGAGAGACUGAGGCACGAAAUUAGGGGAAAAGAGAGACAGAAGAUGAGGAAUAUAACUUUUCCAUCAUAUAUAUUAUGUGCUAUAAAGAUAACACAACUAAAUCCACAAUGUAAAGUGUACAACAUAACACAACAUCUAAAGUGCCUCCUAUUAUCUAUUACCGGUCUGAUUUUAUAGGACAUAAAUAGUAAAUAGUGUCCUUUACUGAACGUAUUGGUUAUCUAGAGACACAAACCUCCAUACCAUCCAUUAAUCUAGAACUAAUCCCGGCUAGAUUGUCUAUCAUAGUACGCAGAAUGUAGAGCCAUGAAUCAACUAGAUUACAUUGUCAGGGUUGGUUAAUAACUAGGCUGCAGUGUGAGGGAUUCAGGGAUUCUAACUCUCCAGAUUGGUGAAUUAUCACUAUUUGUUGAAUAGCACGUGAAACGAUCAUUCUUACUGUUAAAGCAUUAUUCCACUUUCUGUUGGUCAUUAAACUCGCAGUAUGCUGCUUGCUCAACUUGAAAAUGGCUUAGCGUGAAAAAAAGGGAAAAUAUUUGUAAUUUCACUUUAACAGACUCGUAAGACUAAAAUUGGUACCGCUCCGUUGAUGUGUAGCUGAGGUAAGGGGAAGAUUUGGGAGUAUUUAUUAUUUCUUAGUAGCUGGUCUGAAUCUUGUCAUCUUUGUUUCCUUACAGCUGCUGUAAGAUGGCAUCACUGGGCCCAAUCUUCAUGAUCAUUGUCUUUUUGGUCCCGGCUUUCCUGGUCCUCCGGAGUCUCGGUUGCCCGGUGGAAUGUCGAUGUUAUAGUAUGACUGUAGAAUGUGGAUCCAAGGGAUUGAAGGACAUCCCAUCGAGUAUCCAUCCUUCUACUCAGGUGCGUCUGAAAACCACCCAUUCUCCUCACCAGUUAUCGUCCUGUAACCAUAGUAACGAGAAAAGCUCCUGCCGCCAUUUUCCAUUAUUAACACUACUUUAUGUACUGUCCAUAUGACAGUACGUUUCCUCUCUGUAGAGUAAAUGAAGAUUCCAUGUUGGUGAGAUUUUGAGGAAUGUAUCAAUAGGUGAGAUCCUCCCUCUGUUGUCACAGCCUGUUAUAACCACUGGAAGGAUAAUGCAGAGGUGAACACUAUAUCCGUGGCCACAGAGAGUCUGUGGGAGAAAGGCAGUGUCCAAAAAUAGCUACCAUGACCACUACAGUGAGCUAUAGUCCAAUAAUGAGCUUUGAGAACACAAUAAGCUGUAAUAAUACACAGAACUUCAAUAAUAAACAGACCUGACAAAAAAAUAUUGAGCUGUAAUAAUUUAAUAAGCUGUAGUGAUACAAUGAGCAGUAAUGAUACAAUGAGCAGUAGUGAUACAAUGAGCAGUAGUGAUACAAUGAGCUGUAGUGAUACAAUGAGCUGUAGUGAUACAAUGAGCUGUAGUGAUACAAUGAGCUGUAAUGCGACAGUGAGCUGCAGUGAUACAUUGUGCUGUAAUGAUACAAUGAGCUGCAUUGACACAAAGAGCUGCAGUGAUACAAUGAGCUGUAAUGACACACUGAGCUGCAGUAAUACAAUGAGCUGUAGUGAUACAAUGAGCUGUAGUGAGCUGCAGUGAUACAAUGAGCUGUAAUGACACACUGAGCUGCAGUGAUACAAUGAGCUGUAGUGAGCUGCAGUGAUACACUGAGCUGCAUUGACACAAAGAGCUGCAGUGAUACAAUGAGCUGUAGUGAUACACUGAGCUGUAGUGAGCUGCAGUGAUACACUGAGCUGUAGUGAGCUGCAGUGAUACAAUGAGCUGUAGUGAGCUGCAGUGAUACAAUGAGCUGUAGUGAGCUGCAGUGAUACAAUGAGCUGUAAUGACACACUGAGCUGCAGUAAUACAAUGAGCUGUAGUGAUACACUGAGCUGUAGUGAGCUGCAGUGAUACAAUGAGCUGUAGUGAGCUGCAGUGAUACAAUGAGCUGUAGUGAGCUGCAGUAAUACAAUGAGCUGCAGUAAUACAAUGAGCUGCAGUGAUACACUGAGCUGUAUAAAAGUUUGAAUUUGACUUGAUCAGCUUGCUCAUGCUAGAUGUCGUAGACUUAUCUGCUCCUCUCUUUGCAGACCGUGUUUCUCCAGGAUAAUGUAAUCUCUCAGAUCCAGCAACAGGACCUGUCUCCUCUGUCAGGACUCCAGUACCUCUACAUACAGAACAACACAAUCUCAGGCCUAGAGCCAGGAGCCUUCUCUACCCAGCAGCACCUGGUGGAACUGGCUCUCAAUGGCAACCGGAUACAUCUAAUUAACAGCAGCAUCUUCAAAGGCCUUGAGCACCUCCGAGUGCUUUACCUGGCAGGAAACCAGAUCACCAGACUCCUAGCCUACACCUUCUCAAAUCUGCAGGUGACAGAAACAGGGCCUGAGUGCUGGGUGGUACUGGGGGCAUUAGCCGGGGGCUGAGUGUUACUGGGGGGCAUUGAUCUGGUGGCUGGGUGUUACAGGGGGCGUUAGCCAGGGGCUAAGUGUUACUGGGGGCAUUGAUCGGGUGCUGGGUGUUACUGGGGGGCAUUGAUCGGGUGCUGGGUGUUACUGGGGGCAUUGAUCGGUGGCUGACUGUUAAUGGGGGCAUUGAUCUGGGGCUGGGUGUUACUGGGGGCAUUGAUCGAGUGCUGUCUUACAGGGGGCAUUGAUCAGGGGCUGAGUGUUACUGGGGGCAUUGAUCGGGAGCUGGGUGUUACUGGGGGCAUUGAUCGGUGGCUGAGUGUUACUGGGGGCAUUGAUCGGUGGCUGAGUGUUACUGGGGGCAUUGAUCUGGGGCUGGGUAUUACUGAGGGCAUUGAUCGGGUGCUGUGUCUUACAGGGGGCAUUGAUCAGGGGCUGAGUGUUACAGGGGGCAUUGAUCAGGUACUGGGUGUUACUGGGGGCAUUGAUCGGGUGCUGCCUUACAGGGGGCAUUGAUCAGGUACUGGGUGUUACUGGGGGCAUUGAUCGGGUGCUGGGUGUUACAGGGGGCAUUAGCAGAAUUCCUGGUGAUACAGGGGGUAUUAGCUGGGUGUUACAGGGGAUAUAACAGGGGGCGUUUCUUUUUAAUAAGCAGAUACAUUUAUUACAGAGACUGCAGGAACUGCAUUUACAAGAAAACAGCAUUGAAGUUCUAGAGGAACAGACAUUUUCCGGGCUGUCCUCGCUGGCCCUGCUGGAUCUAAGCAGGAACAAUCUGCGAACCGUUAGCCGUUCCAUCCUGCGGCCUUUGAUCAGCCUACAAGUCCUCCGGCUAAAAGGUGAGUGGGGUGCGGGAUGUGUCAUAGACCAGUAUCUGUUAUUAAAAAUGUCUAAAUUAUAAUGAAGGUAGAAAUGUCUGGAUUUUUUACUUUUUGCCAGAUGUUUUAUUUUUGUGUUUUAAAUAAGCUUAAUCUAUAAAAAGCCAGUGUGUAGCAAUGUGAUGCUAGUGAACAGAAAGUGACAGUGUAACAAGCAGACCACCCACGCUGUAUGCAUGCACGCAGGCAGUGAUACUAUAGUAAACGGGUCAUUAUGUCAUAAAUAGAAGGGGUGACUUUUUCUUUAAUGGGGCCACAAUAUAUUUGCUCUAUGCAUGCCAUUCAUUGUGCAACUAUUAUUCACACAUGAGAGCCUGUGACUUUAGACAGACUAAAUAAAAUCAUGUGACAGAUAGCCGACCAAUCAGCAUACAGACGCAAGGCGAACAUCCAGUCUAUUUACAUUACAAUCUGUAUAGUCCUGAAUCACUAGAUUCUAGUGUAGUGGAAGCAACCUUUUGCAUUAUGGGAGAUGUAGUCCACAACAUCUGGAGUGCCAAAGCUCACCUACUCCUAGUCUAGUGGCUGCAAUAUUACUGUAUAAUUCCAACUGUGUCACAAUUUACUUCUGUUCAAUUAUCUGUCAAUGCUCCCCAAACACAGACCUUCGUUUUCAUAAUGAUUACUUUUCCCUGGCUGAGGAUAUAAUAAUACAUAUACAGAUACAGCAAUAAUUGCUCACUCCGAAUCUCCCCAAUACGUUCUCCCUCUCUUGCAAGCAGUCUACACCUGUCACUUUGAGGUGGUUAACGCUGGUUAUAUGAGUCCAUCAUAUCCUGGACAAUGCAUCAUUCUCACAUAAUUACUGAAAUAAUAUUAUGAAAUAGGUCCUGGCUCUCUGUACCCAUCACAUGUAUACAAACCUUGAUAUGACAUCUCUCUGAAUUGCUCCCGAGCUCAUUUCCUUUAUUUUCUGUUUUUUUAGGAAACCCCUGGAGGUGUGACUGUGCACUCCAUUGGCUUAGGUCCUGGAUGAGAGAAGAAGGACAAAGACUUCUCACUUCCUUGGACAAAAAACUAAUUUGUUCCGAGCCGUUAAGGUUGUCUCACCAAAACCUUUUGGACAUCUCUGGAAACAGUCUUGUAUGUAUCCCUCCUGUAGUCCUCGUUGAUCCCAUGGAGAUGACUGCUCGUCUGGGAGAUGAGCUUCGAGUCUCUUGCCGAGCGACAGGAUAUCCCCAACCACUGGUUACUUGGAGGAAGGUAGCCCAUGCUCGUUUAACUUCUACCAAGGUUAAUAUUAAGUCUACCAGCAGCAGAACCUUUGAGCUCAGUGAGAGGAGUGUGGGGGAGCAGUUUGACUCCGAUACUGGCAGUGGUAUGCUCUUGUUGAACAACAUCACCAUGUCCCAUGCUGGCAAAUAUGAGUGUGUAGCCUCCAAUCCUGGUGGAACUGCAAAAGUAUUAUUUCACCUGACGGUAAACCUGUCGAACCAGCAGUCACGCUCAUACACAUCUGUGGAUAUCAGCCAAGAGCCAUUAUAUGACAUGGAAAGUAUGGAAUUCAAUGCGUUGAGCAUGGCAACUCAGACCACCAUUGCCAUUGGCAUAUCCUUGUUGGCGCUCACGGCUCUUCUACUUCUUUUUAUGAUCUACAGAAAGCACCACAAGAGAAAAAAAGCCAAGAAGGAAGAAAAUAUCUUGUAUGUAAAUGACUACUCUGAUGGGCCAACCACAUUCGCUCAAUUGGAGGAAUAUAGGGACGAGGGUGGGCAUGAAAUGUUUGUGAUAGAUAGGAACAAGGCCAUUUUCCCGACCUACAAGGACACGGAAGGGCUGAGUAGUUUUUCUGGACUCUCUGAACUAGAGGAGCAGCUUCAGGACCAAGGAACGCAGACACUGGAGGACGAGCCGGGGAGACAGGUCAACGAUAUAUUCAUAAACCAGGGCUUUCUGUUUCAGCAGCAGAUUGCCUACGAAAUACAUUGUUAAUAGAUAAGAAGGCUUUCUGGUGGGACGAUGUGAUUAGGCUAAUAUGAUACAUGGACAAUGGUGGGUAUUUAAAUGCUGCUUAUUUUAAAGACUCAUAUUGGUGGUUCGUUAAAAUGUCUGCUUCGUGUGGCCAAAACAUGGCAUUCAUUAGUGUCCCUAUAAUCACAAAUUUGUGUUAUUUCUUUUAGUUUCAAGGAACAGUAUUGGCUUCUUCAUGGUAAUUGGCUCCUGAGAUGCUCUACUGAUAAAUGGUGGCUUUGUUUGGCAGUAAAAUUGUUAUUCAGACACAUUUAGCAGCAUUUUAAAUCCUGACAGCGAAAUACACAAGAAAUGAUAAGUCCUGCAUCUUAUGUCAAGCAAAUUCUCCUCUGGCUCCUUAAGCUGUCACACAGAAACAUUCACAUAUUGCUUUCUGACACAUGUAGGCAACAGCGAGGCAGCAAGGCGGAUGGCGGUGAGAGCACACAGCGUUUCCAAAGUGCUGUCAUUUAACGUCUUCGGUGGAAAUAGAAAGGGAAGGUUUUUAAUCUGUUCUUUUCCUGUUGUCUUGGCUUUUGUUGCGUUCAGUCUGGGCCUUCGCAGGGGAAGAUUGACGUGGAAUGCUGCACUUAUCUAGUGACAGAACGAUGGAAUGCAUUGUUUUGUUUUUUUUAAAUAAUUAUUGCAGGAUUCCGUUAUAAGAAUCCCAGAGCUUGCUUUUAGAAUAUAGUGAGCACACAAGUACCUAGAACAGGGGGUGGCAAUCUUCCACACUCCAGAUUCUGAAGACUACAUCUCCCAUAAUGCUCGGAAAGCAUCAGGGGAAAUCCACAACAUCUGGAGUGCCGAAGGUUGCCUACCUCUGGCAUAGGACAACAGGUCACUUUCUAGGGACUGUGGGACUACACCUCCCAUGAUGCUUUGCCAAUCACGUGUAGCUCUGCCGAUUCUCUGGAGCUAACUUUUCUGUUGAUGUCCUAAAUUUAAUAUUUUUGGAUAAACUUUUAAAAUAUAUAUUUUUUUUUAAAUAUUAAAAUAUAAAGAAUCAUAUAAAAAAAAAUCAACAAUUUCAAAAAUGUUAAAAUAAUUUUCAAAUUUGAUCUCAAAAUUUUAAAACAUUUUAAAAUCUUAUCCACAAAUAUUACUUUGAGGCCAAUGUGUUGCCUGCCAGAGAAAUGCCAAGCCAUUGUUGGAGUCCACAGUAGCUGGAGCGCCAUCCAAUGUCAGCAUUGGCCUACGGCUGAGCAUUCUGGGCGUGUGGACGUGUCACCUCGAGAUUGGUUAAUUAGUUAGAUGUUGAUAGGCGGUACACACAGAUUUAUUUAUUCAACACUGUAGUGAAUUGAAAACUUUAGCAAAAUUUAGGCUAAAACAACCGAGCUGUUGGCAAUUUAUAUUUUUUCCCAAAUCAGUUUUGGUGUUUUGUGAAUACAUUUCUUGUUGUAUGAUUGCAUGUGAAUGACUGUCCGCUUUUAGAACACAUUUUAGCAAAACGUACGGACAGCAAGAUAUUCUUUUCUAAUCAUCCAAUGUACAUGGGAAACGCCUUUUUUCUUUCUUUGGAUCUGAGAAUAUUUGUAUCUGACCCUAAUCAGAUUACCCUUUCUGUUUCAUAAAGGAGCUGUCUUCAUGUCACUGCAUUGGGCAGAACUCCACUGGGACUGAGCCUUGGUGUUUGUGUAGAAUGCUUCAUUAACGGACUAUACAGUUGUUAUUAUUUUAGCUUGGUUUAGUUCUGUGUUUAAUUUUGAUUUAGUUUUCUUUUGGUGUUGCUGUCCUCGCAAGCUAUGCACAUGCUGUAUUUUCUGAGCCGGGAAAGAGCGAUGUUCUGGCAGAGACGCCAUUAAGAAGCAGUGUUUGCCGUACUCCGACAGACAAUAUCUGAUAACAUGAUCAGUUAUCGUUGUAUAAAGUGACAUUCUGUGUUUUCUUACUGACAGUUUCAUUUCAGGUAUUUUCUUUGGGGGUAAAAGGUUUGAGGGAACUUUUAUACUAAAACAACAAUUUACAGAGAUCUUUUUUAAAUAAAAACAGCUUUCCUUUCUGUCUCAGAUUAUUGGAACGUAAAGAAAGCAGCACACACUCAUUUAACAUUCAUAGUAUAACCCACAAAAAUUGGGCUUUUUUUUGUUCAAGUUUUACAUAUAUAUUGCUAAAUUACUGUGAAUUUCAGUACAAAAUAGUAUUUUAUGUAAUCCUCUGCAAAGUUUAAAAUUUAUUCUCAAACUAGAAUCUGUAUUAAUAACCGAUUUAUCGUUACCUCUGCGAAUGUAUAAUUCAUGGACCAGCAUUGGUGCAGAUCCCAAUACAUCGCAAUAAAGGUGUCACAUCGCUCAUUCUGUCCCAUGCCUCGUGGGAUGGCAGGGGGUGGGAGAAGGCAGCGUGGGAUUGCGGGGUGUGGGAGGAGGCAGUGUGGGAUGGCAGGGGGUGGGAGGAGGCAGCCUGGGAUUACGGUGUACGUGAGGAGGCUGCGUAAUAUGGUGGGGUGUGGUAGGAGGCAGCAUGGGAUGGCGAGGUGUGGGAGAAGGCAGCGUGGGAUGGCGGGGUGUGGGAGAAGGCAG